UUCUCCAAUACACCAGGGUCUCUCCUGCUCUGUGGUUUCUGCCCCAGGGCCUUAGCACCUGUGCAAAGACCGGAAAGGUUGCAGUGGAGGCCGGGGCAGAGCCAACAAACGUCACCAGCCCUCCUCCCUCCCCUCCUCGCCCGCGUGGGCUGCUCCUGCAGCAGGGCGUGCCUGGGAAGGGGUGGAGGGGCGGGGGCGGGUGGCCUAGCCGGUCUGGCAGGAGCUAGCCUGGGGAGUCUCAGGCUGGCGGCGGCCAUGGAGGGGCUGCGUCGCGGGCUGUCGCGCUGGAAGCGCUACCACAUCAAGGUGCACUUGGCCGACGAGGCGUUGCUGUUGCCAUUGACCGUGCGGCCCCGCGACACGCUGAGCGACCUGCGCGCGCAGCUGGUGGGCCAGGGUGUGAGCUCGUGGCGCAGAACCUUCUACUACAACGCUAGGCCUUUGCCAGACCACCAGACGGUGCGCGAGGCGCGCCUACAGGACGGCUCGGUCCUGCUGCUGCUCAGCGACCCCAGGUAACUGGGUCCGAGUUUGAGCCAUGAUUUUUGGGACGCAAGCUGGCUGAAGGAGCAAACUGGGCCGGGGGCGGCACACUUCUGUCUUCCUGGGAGCCCAGCCUUAUUCCAGAUCCAGGUGCUGGGCUCCCAGGUAGAUGUGACACCUGGGCCCAACUGAUGCCCACUGCCUCCCAGAUGCUGUCCAGUCCACCAGCAAGGAGUCUUACGGUUUCUCCAUGGCCUUGGGACCACUCCCUCCCCUGGGAGCCUCCUCCACCACCUGAAUCUUCGGCUGUGCCCUCAUCCAGGAAGCCCUCCAUCAACAGGCACAGUUCCUUCUUUGGUGACCCACAGGGCUCCUGCUCAGAACGGUUCUGGCUACAGGAGGAUCUGCUGGGGUCAUGACCAAGAAGACUCUGAUCUGAGGGGACUCGAUGAGCCUACGCAUGUGCAAAGUGAUCUGCCACGGACUGUGGAUGCUCUCCUCCACAGCCCAGGGUUGGGGUGCUGUGCUGAGACUUCAGGAGCCCCCCCCCAUGCUGUGGGCUACAUGGUGGGCCCAGAAGGCAAUACGCCCUAAUUAAGAGUUGUACAGGCCUCAGGGUGCGGAGGUGGGGACUGAGUCUUGGCCUUGGGGAGCUGGGCUACUGGGCAUGCACAAGUGUGCCGGGGUCUCUUCCUCCCCCCAGUCUCCUUUGCUCGGCUGUAGGGGUA